GAACUGUGAGGCCAGCAGCACAGAGGAACUCCAGAGAUCGGGGCUGAGGAGGAGUUUGGGCUGAGGAGGAGCUAGUUCACAGCCAACUAAAAGAAGCUACUGGCUACUGUACAUCAAACUGCACUGAGACUCCAGCAAGGGAUGACCGUCUGGGACAGACUGUAAACGUCUCUGCUUUGUUCAAAAUCAACCAACCAGAUAAGUGCACUUUUUAAGUUUUAGCAAUAAUAUUUGUGCUCAAAAGAACUCCUUAGUUUAGAUUGAUUCUAUAGAUCUUUAAGCAAUCCUACAUUUGAAUAUCGGACCCACUUGCUUUGUAGUUCUACUUUCAGAGAUAUGACACGUACCAGACUGUAGCUGUUUCACACAUAUUAGUUAGAUACCGAGUAAGACCAUCCACUUGUAACAUCAGUCGUAUGUUGCAAUUCACAGCUCAGGAGCCUUGGUGGUUGCUACUGUCCACCCCUCAACCCAUAGACUCAUCAGUUCCAGCAACCUGUCUGAGCCUUAGAAGACUUAUGAAGUUACUCCCUGCCCUGAUGAGUGAUAGCAGAUAAUCUGGCACAUCAGAGACCCAAAGAGCUUAUUUUGACUUUUUAAAGCAGUGGUGGGCAACCUGCAGCCCACGGACUGCACAUGAUCCAUCAGGGUAAUCUGCUGGCAGGCUGCCAGACAGUUUGUUUACAUUUGCAUGGUCACCCACAGCUCCCAGUGGCUGCGGUUCACUGUUCCCGGCCAAUGGGAGCCGUGGGAAGCAGUGCGGACUGCAGAGACUUGCUGGCUGCUGCUUUCUACAGCUCCCAUUGGCCAGGAACGGUGAACCAUGGCCACAGGGAGCUGCGGGUGGCUGUGCAAAUAUAACAAACUGUCUUGCAGACCGCCAGCAGAUUACCCUGAUGGGCCACAGGUGGCCCACCACUGUUUAAAAAGACUCAGCAGCCAAUUUUGGCUCAAGACCAGAUGCCCUGGACAUGUUUAUACAAAAUGUCUAUUAAACUAAACCCUUUGCUCUGCUGUUGCCAAAGAAAAAACAGUUUUAAGGCCAAAAAUUUCAAAAGUGACUAGUGAUUUGGCUUGGCCUAAACUUAUAGGUGCCCAACUUGAAGCAUCUUAAAGAGACCUGAUUUUCAGAGUGUGGGUGCUCAGCCAUUUAUGAAAAUUGGGUCCCUUGAGGGCAACUCAGGUUGGAUACUGAACUAUAGUGGCACCCCAAAUCACUCAUCACUUUUGAAAAUCUUGACCUAAAGGACUGUUUAUAUACAGCCUACAGUGUGUUAUGCUCUACUGCAGCAGGAGGUGCAAAAGUUAAUUAGCAAACCUGAUACCCAGAGGUGUUCUGACAUAAGAGAUUGCAUGGUUACAUAGCAUGUUUUAUGCACCUGGGGUUUCUUUGUCGAGUGAUAUCCAAUGGGUGAGGAGAGUAGAUCCAGCAGAUUUUGAUGGUUUAUUGGUAAAAUGGCUUUAACAGUCAUUCCCCAAAGAAGCCCCACAAAUCCCUGAUUUUCUGUUCCCCUAUCACAGGUAAGCUCUGUUGACUGUGGGACUGGGAAGGACCCAUAAGGAAACUUUAACUUGUGAAUGCCCACCCUUGCCCUGAAAUUGUAGAGGCCAUGGGAAAAGCCAAGAAAGAAGAGGAGGCUGUUUUUCUAAGGAAAAAGAUCACUUUGCUGAGGGCUUUUUCACUCCUCGUUGGCAGCAUGGUGGGCAGUGGCAUCUUUAUCUCUCCAAAAGGGGUGUUGAAACACUCCGGCAACGUGGGUGUCUCCUUAAUCGUUUGGUUUGCCUGUGGGAUUCUCUCUCUAUUUGGUGCCUUGUGCUAUGCAGAACUUGGAACAAGAAUCACAAAGUCUGGAGGACAUUAUAUCUAUGUACUGGAGACACUGGGGCCUUUGCCAAGUUUCUUGUAUCUGUGGGCCGAGUACUUUGCUAUCAGGCCAGCCAACAGUGCAGUGAUUUCUCUGGCAUUUGGAAACUACAUAUUGGAACCAUUUUUUGCCCCCUGUGCAGCCCCACUUCCUGCUGUGAAGCUCGUUGCUCUCCUGGGGUACUACAUAGUCCUCAUCCUGAACUCUUGGAGUGUCAGCUGGAGUGCCAGGCUUCAGAAUGUCCUAUCUGUCAUCAAACUCCUGGCUCUCACACUCAUCAUUGUGCCAGGGAUGAUGCUUCUGGCCCAAGGCCACACUGAAAAUUUCCAGGAUGCUUUCAGUAGUCAAUCGCUGGCUUUGGACAAGCUGCCCUUGGCUUUUUAUGCUGGGAUGUUUGCGUAUUCAGGCUGGUUUCAAACUAGCUUUGUGCGAGAAGAACUGGUCCGACCGGAACGAAAUAACCCACUGGCUGUGAUAGUGUCUGUGGUCGCUGUAAUUGUGGGGUACAUGCUCACCAACGUUUCCUAUUAUACAGUCUUGACAGCAGAGGAUGUGCUGGCUUCCCAGGCUGUGGCUGUGAGUUUUGCACAAAAAGCUUUCCAAAGACUUGUCUCCGUGAUUCCCAUCCUGGUUGCCCUGUCCUGCUUUGGAACCAUGAAUGGGGGGAUCUUUACAUUUUCAAGGACCCUAUUUGUGGCUUCAAGGGAGGGUCAAUGGCCUCCUCUCUUCUCCAUGAUCCACAUCCGAAGGCACACUCCCCUUCCAGCCGUCAUGUUAAUGUUGCCACUGGUUACCGCCAUGGUGUGCGUUGGAGACAUCUAUCACCUCCUGAAUUUCUUCAGCUUUUCCCGAUGGCUCUUCAUAGGAUUAGCCACACUGGGGCUCAUCAUCCAUCGUUACCGUCACCCGGAGCUGCCCAGGCCAUUCAAGGUUCCCCUCUUCAUUCCUCUCUCCUUCACCGUCAUCUGCCUCUUUGCAGUGGGAAUGUCUUUCUGCUCAGACCCAGUGUAUGUCAGCAUUGGCUGUGCCAUGGUUUUGAGUGGUUUUCCAGUCUACUUCUUGAUGAUCAGCAGGCCCAUACCUGACUGUUGCCGUACCACAUUCUAUUAUCUUACAGUCAAACUUCAGGUGCUGCUGGAAGUAGUUAGACAGGAAAUCAGGACUUAUUGAAGACCACAUCUUAUUGGAGAAGACACAUAGUGGCUUGUCCAAUGAAAGCCACUAGUCCCAUUUCUGAUCCUUUUGGUCUGCUAAGAGACCAGGAGGCACUCUUACUUUUGCAGUGAGUGCGGUGCAACUAGAGAUGUCCAGAACAAAUAACUUAGAUCCAAACACCUCCAAGCUUUGAUGAUCUGGAUUUUGCAUCUGCUUCUAUCUUUCUAAACCCAAACUUCACAUCAGACCAGCUGACGUUUGGAUGUGUUCAAAAUCAGGAUUCAAAUUUUGUAGGUUGGUUCAUCUCUCAGUGAUGCACAUGAUUUUUGACUUACUAGACCUUGAGAAAAGACAAGGUGAAGAAGAGUGCCUCUUUCACAAUCCAAAUAUCAUUUAAAUUGACAGCUAUGGAAGACAAGUUCAGCUUUCAGAUAGAAGGUUAUGGAGAUCUGAAAUGAUGUGCUGAGUAUGGUCAAAUGCUUUUAAGGUAAAAUCGGAGAGCGGGAAAAUCAAUAAGAGAACUACUUAAGAGAAGCAGAGUGGUAGGUGAACUCCCAUUCUCCUUCCAUUGGACAAAAUGAUCUUUGGGACUUAGAGUUCAGCUCUACUUUGAAAAAUGACUCAAAAAUGCCUUGCUAUGUCUCAGUGAUUUCCCAAUCAAAUUUGCUUGGUUUACAAGAACAAAACCUAUUCAUUUUUUGAUGUACCAGCCCUGCCCAAAAUUUGAAAGUCGACCUUUUUUCUCCUCCUUAAGCAUCAUUAGUAGUAAAGAUUCUCCAGGCUAAAUUCUGACCUCACAUCUGUGCAGCCCCACAGAAGUGAGGUUGCACAGGUAUAAUCAAGUAGCAUAGUAGAAUUUGGCUCUGCAAAGGUUUAGUUAACAAUUCCUGUAGAUGAUGCAUGAGUUAAACUAGAACACACCUCACUUUCUUGGAGUUCCUCACAGCCAAUGCACCUAAGAGGAGUAAAU